AUGGGUGAAGGGUGUUCUUAUGCUAGCCAUCUUGCAUUUCUUCACGAUGGGAGGAACCACAUGCCUGUCAUACCGGAAGACUGGGCAUUGUAUACCACCCAUGUGGCCAGCAAGUGGGUGGAGCAGCAAUUUCUUGCCCAUCCUUCCUCAUGGCUGAGGCCUAUCAACACCCAAUACAACGAGGCCCUAGCCAAACAGGAAUUGGGGAUGAAUGAUGCCCAAGAGGAUGCCUUGUUGGUGAGAUUUCCUCCAGCCGAAAAUAUCUUGUUGGACUGCCCUUCGGUGGUCAUUGACUCCAGAUACAGGAUUAUUCUUUGGUAUAUACCGGAUGCUUUGACACUGUGGGUGCAGAAUGAAAUGUUUUUAGUGACCCUUUCCAUAGGUGAUCUGUUGAAAAAGAGCAUCACAAAUGGCAACUGCAUCAACAUCGUGCCAUGUUGGUUCCAGCAAGGACAUGAGUGCUAUGGCCCGCCUCCCGAGAAUCUGGAUGAUAGAUUCAAACCCGAGGUUUCUGCAACAUUGAAGGGCGAUAGGAGCCUGGCAAUGAUAACCGCAAUGCAAAGACUGGCCUUGCUAGCUUCUGCUGCCUUACAUGUCAUGCAUCAGGAAAACCUGUUUUGUGCUAGAGAGCUUUAUAGAUAG